GUGAGUUUUGUGUGAUUAGUUUUUGUCUAGACCACAAGUUUUUUCAUUUGAAUAAAGUUAAAUUUUCUUAAAAAAUAAAGCCGUAAGGAAAAAUUUCCUUUUGUCUCCAAAAUAUUAACUAUUUUUUAAAGCUUUAAUUCUCUUUAAAAGUGAAAAUUAAAUAUUUUAACAGCAACAACCUAAAAUAUACAAAAACUCAAUUAUAUAAUUUCAUAAUAUCUAUUGAUAUUUCAAUUUUGUAUAAUUUCCAGACAGUAAAUAAAAUAUGCUUUAAAUAUUAAUUACUGAUGUAUAAAAUUUAAAAAAAAUUAUGAGGACUUUCUGUAUAAUUGAUUUUACAGAAUAUUUUUUCUUAGUAAAAUUACGAAGGUUCUCAUAUCAAGGAUGACAUGAAUAAAUAACAAUUGAAUUUGUUAGGUAUAAGAAUAUAUUCAAUUUGGGUACAGAAGUAGUAGCUUGAGAAAAGCUGUAGCAUAAUUUGUUAGUUUUUAUCUUCGUUUGUUUCAAAAUUUUAAAGUAAUAUUAUGGAAUCUGAAUAUAUUAAAAGUAUAGAAUGGAGCAUGAUGGAUAAGAAAAAAUUUAUUCCCUUAUCUAUGCUUAGCUCGUUUUCAGUUCGAUGUUGUCUUUUUCCAUUGACUGUCAUAAAAACCCAGUUGCAGGUUCAAUUUCAAAAUGAUAUAUAUACGGGUAUGAUUGAUUGCGGUCGUAAACUUUAUAAAACCGAAGGAAUUCGUGGUCUCUAUAAGGGAUUUUGGAUUUCAUCUUUUCAAAUAGUCUCUGGUGUGUUUUACAUAUCAACUUAUGAAUCUGUAAGACAUAUGAUGUCGCAAGUUGGAGCUGGAGAUAGAGUCAGAGCUCUUGUUGGUGGUGGUUGUGCAUCAUUAGUUGGACAAACAAUAAUAGUUCCAUUUGAUGUAAUAUCACAACAUGCAAUGGUUUUAGGUAUGCGAACUCAAGGAAAAGAUGUCAAUCCAUUAGGAAUUUCUACUAAUAAUAAAAGCAAAUUUUAUGUAACAAGAGCAAUAGCACUAGAAAUUUAUCGAAGAGAUGGAAUAAAAGGUUACUAUAGAGGCUAUGUUGCAAGUUUAUUAGCAUAUGUUCCUAAUUCCGCAAUGUGGUGGGGCUUUUACCAUUUUUAUCAAGAUGAGCUUUUAAAAAUUUCUCCACCUUGGAUAUCCCACCUAUUUAUACAAUGUGUUGCUGGAACACUUGGCGGUUUUACAACGACAAUAAUAACAAAUCCAUUAGAUAUUAUACGAGCUAGAUUACAAGUUCAACGCCUUGAUUCAAUGAGAUUGGCAUUCCAAGGUCUUUGGGCAGAAGAAAAAUUCAAAAUUUUUGUUAAAGGUUUAUCAGCUCGAUUAAUGCAGUCCGCUGCGUUUUCUUUUAGUAUAAUUUUGGGUUAUGAAACUAUUAAACGAUUAGCAAUCACCGAGCAGUAUAGACAUAGAGUGCGAUGGUAAACACUAUAAAAAAAACUACUGACUAUUAUCAAUAAUAGAAACAUUUUUUACUAAACUUGAAAUUUGAUUAAUUUUUAAGUUAAGUUUUAAUGGCGGAAUUCGCACAAUUUUUGUUAUUUAUUUAUAUUGAAUUUAGUUGAAUUGUUGUCAUAAUUUUGCAUUUAAAUUAAGUCCAAUUAGUUUACAUGUUACGUUAAAUUUAGUUCAAAUUUAUUUUCAUUUUAAUUUUUUUAUUAUAUUUAUUAUGCCUUUAUGUUUUAGCCAAAGUAUAGAAAACAACUCUUUCCCAUUGUUAUGAUUAUUUAAGAAUGUCAAUUAAAUGCAAUAAUGAUUUCACCAAUUCUACAUUAAAUUAAUUUUAUCAAUUUUUAAUAUAUUCUUGAGUAAAACUAUAAUUAUGAUAUAAUAUUAAUAUCAUAAUUAUGAAAUAUGUAAAU